AUGUACAAUAAUAACAAUUUACAACUAGGGGGAGUUGGGGGUUAUGGACAAUCACCUUCUCUACAGCCACAAUUGACAGGCGUUCCUGUCAAUACCAACUUGCAGCUAGGAGGAGUUGGAGGUUAUGGACAAUCAGGUUCUCUACAACCACAGUUGGCUGGCGUUCCUGUCAACGCCAACAUACAACUGGGAGGAAUCAGUGGUUAUGGACAACCUCCCCUGCAACCACAAUUGUCGGGUAAUCCGCCUGCCAGCACAGGUGGUGGGCCACACAUACCAAACGUAAGGUUAUCGUUUAUCUCCGCUAAAGAUCAGACAAAGUUCGAGGAGUUAUAUCGCUCAACCGUUGCUGGAGGAAAAUAUAUGACAGCUGAACAGGCUAAGGCCAUUCUCAUCAAGUCAAAACUAUCGCCAGAAGUCUUGGCCAAGAUAUGGAACCUGUCUGAUAUAACCCAAACUGGCUACUUAACAUUCCCGGAGUUUGCUCUGGCAAUGUACUUGACCAACCAUAAACUUAACGGGCGUGAAAUUCCAUCCACAACACCUGAUAACAUUCUGUCUGAAGUGAAAGGAGUAAUCGGCCAAAUUCAAGCGAUCGAGCAAAAACAAGUAUCCGAACAACCACUCAUUCAAAUGAACGCUACUCCUCAGAUGAGUUCCGUACAACCCCCAAUGGUCCAACAGCAAUACACCGGAAUGUCUACAAUUUCGUCUAUACCUACAAUAGCUUCUAUCUCACCAGUACCCACCGGAGUCUCCUCGGCAAGCGGAUUACUAGGACAGAAUUUCAUGAUGUUGGCUCAGAGAGUUAUGCCUCAACAAAAUCCACCACUCCAGUACAAUGUUCAGGGAUUACAAGGAAAUGCGAAAAUACCUUGGGCAGUAACUAAUGAAGAAAAGAUGCAAUACAGAGAAAUUUUCAAGGCUUGGGACGUGAAUGGAAGUGGAUAUCUAAGCGGCGAAAAGGCAAGAGAAAUAUUUUCACAAACUGGGCUUCCUCGAGAUGUUUUAAUGCAAAUAUGGCACUUGGCAGAUCCUUAUAAUCAUGGAAAAUUAAACAUCGAUGAAUUUGCAGUGGCAAUGCAUCUAAUCUAUCGCAAACUCAACGGUUACGAUGUCCCAGCCACUCUACCACCUGAACUGAUGCCUCCAUCGUCUAGAGAUCUUGCAGAGAGUGUGGAUAAACUCACAAACAUCAUUGUAAGAGAAAGUCAAGCGCAACGUCUGUCUCCACAGCCAACGAGUAAUCAAUACACGAAGUCGAGAAGCUUUAACGUUGGCGCAAGCACAAACCCGCUUGAUGUCAAACAAGAUGCUGUUGCAUACAAACACGAUGAUGAUGACGUUGGGUACGUUAGCUCUGCCAGGAGAAGAGCACCGUUGACAACUCCUAAGCCAGAAACGAAGAAGAAACUUAAUCUGGAGGAAUUAAGGAAACAAGUACAUGAGAAGGAAAUUACGUUGGACGCAUUGUUAUAUAGCGCUGAAAGUAUUCCUACUCAAGCAUAUUCAGAACGUGGUGGUGAUGACAUAGAGAUUCUGAAGAGGGAUAUACGCGAUUUACACUCACAAAUAAUCCGACUGUCGCCCGGUGAUUCUGUGUCAAGAGAGCAAGAUCGGAACUUUACUGAAUUAAGGACAUUAUUGGACGAUCACCGGAGAUUAGAGUCAGAGAUGAACGAUUCGCUCUCAUCAACUAUCCCAGACUUGAUCAAGACAAUACGUAAAACUGAUGAUCAAGUAGCCGAAGCCAAACUGGCGCUCUUCAAAUUACGAGACACUAAGAAUUCAGGUUCAACACUUGAAAUCAUUGGCACAGGCCCUGGUGGUACUAUCACUGAGGCAGACAGAAUCAAGGCAAAAGCUCAAGCUAUGGUACAAGCGAGAUUAGCCGCUCUCACUGGUAAACCGGUAUCCACCGGGGGAACAGACGCGGAUGCGGCAAAGCGAUUUGAAGAGAAAGCCGUUGCAGUUAACGCAGAAAGAGCAACUCGCGAAGAACGUGUAGCCGAGAUUGAAAGAACAGUGGCACGCAUACAAGAUAUGCUGAUCAGAUUUGCGAGAGAAAAAGAAGAAAUUUCUGAUGUCUUGCGACAUUACGAAACGGACGGACAGAUAUCUUAUGAAGAGCGUCGAAAAUGGGAAGAUGGCAUUGAUGUUGGAGACGAAGUGAGACGAUUCAUUGACGAAUUGAGGAGAGAGGGUGAAUCAAGCACAAACAGAUAUUUAAGAAAAGAAAGCGACUUAAGCACAACAAGCUACUUAAGAAAGGAUAGUGACUACUUGAGAAAGGAUAGUGAAUCGAGCACAAGCAGUUAUUUAAGAAAAGAGAGCGAAUUGAGCACAAGCAGUUAUUCAAGAAGAGAGGGUGAAUCAAGCACAAAUAGUUAUUUAAAAAAGGAAGGCGAAUCAAGCGUAAACAGUUCGUCUACUCCUCCGUCUUCAGGAAAUUCUUUUUCAUUAAAACCCAAGACACCGGAAGAGCGUGCAGCAUUCAUACAGGCCGAAGCGGAACGUCGAAUGCAAGAAAGCUUAAGACGCCUCGGGUUAGAUCCCUCAUUGAACACUUCAAAGUCGUCAACGCUUUCUGUUUCUGAACGCCUAGCACGAGAACGAGCCGAAGCCGAAGAGAGAGAACGUGCUCGUACUGAAAAGCUGUUGGCAGAUAAACAGAGAAAAGCUGAAGAGAAUGCCGAAAGAGAGCGUCGACUGGAAGAGUAUAAAAGACAAGAAGAAGCCCGUAAGGCCCAAUGGCUUGCAGAAGCGGAAGAUUUGGAGAAGGCGAACGUUCCGCCACCCGCUCCUCCUCCCCCACCAGUCGUUUCUACACCACCAAUUGCUCCUCCUCCCCCACCAGUCGCUUCUACACCACCAGUUGCUCCCACUCCACCACCAGUCACUUCUACAACAUCGGCCGUUUCUACACCACCAGUUGCUCCUCCUCCACCAACUCAAAGUUCUAGUUUGCCUCCAUCGUCUGAUUCACGGAAUGCUCUUUUGAGCCAAAUUCGACAAGGCGCACGGUUGAAGGCGACAGUAACCAAUGACCGGUCGUCUCCUGCUAUUGGAGGCCAAUCACGCGGGGCUGGUACAUCCGCAUCCGCAUCCGCAUCUACUUCGUCGUCUUCGCCGGCGGGCGCAGCUUCUUCUCCUCUCUUGGCAGGUUUAGGUGGUCUUUUUGCUGGGGGAUUUCCCAGACUUGCUAGUCGUAGUGGCACAAUAGAUACAGGCCGCACAGCCGAAACGAAUUCUUCUAAUAAGUCGGAAGUUAAUCGCAGAGAUACGGAAUGGUAUGAUAGUCUUGCGUCAGACACGUUUGCCUCUAAUGAUACAUACGCGACAAAGCCGGUCACAGUUGACGAGAAGGAGGAAGAAAAAGAGAAAGAAACUGACGUAUUUGGUGACACAUCUGAACGAGUUGCAUCACCAAUAACAACGAAUGUUAUUAAUUCAGAGGAAAACGUCGACUUUGAAAAAAUGCACAAAGUGAAAAGUUUAUAUGCCUUCGCUGGAACCGGGCCUGAUGAUUUACCAUUUGAAGCUGGAACCGUGUUUAAGGCUUAUCCGAGUAAAGAGGAUAAAAAUCCUGAUUGGUGGUUUGGCAUUAUUGAAGAGACAGGAACGAAAGGUUGGCUUCCUAAGAACUAUGUCGAGGACGUAACGGAAGCCCGCGUGCUUUACGAUUAUGCUGCUCAGACGGCUGAAGAGCUUACCAUAAAAAAGGAUUCCGUGGUCAUAAUCCUUGACAAAUCCCUGGGCCAUUGGUGGAAAGUUGAACAUGAAGGAGCAAAGGGAUUUGUUCCAGCAAAUUAUGUCGAAGAGAUUUCUAGUAGUAGCGAUUCGUCACUAAAUCUCCAAGAUUCAUCUGUACCCGACGACAAUCAAGAGAUAGUAUCCGAUCCCGAAGAUCCAUUCAACCUGGAAUAUACAGACGACGAUGUCGACGAUGACAUGGAUUCGGCGGAUGAAGAAAUACAAAAGAGAAUAACUCGAGUCCCUUCUUUAGUAAUAAGAUCAGCAUCGCCUGACAGAAUGGAUGGAUCACGUACACCUAGUCCAACGCGGUUAUUUGGAUCUAGUCCUAUUAGCAGUGUAUCGUGGAUACCUUCGCGACAUAGGAAACAAUCGUUCGGUGUAUCGUCUGAGCUUGGUGGAAUUCGACCAAAAAGCCCAGUGGGUCUAUCGAGUCAAUCUUGGGCAUCAUUAAUCCCACCUUCCACUCUAGCCACUCUUUCCAAACAGACCGUCAAACGACAAGAAGCAAUUCAUGAACUCGUUCUUACAGAACAAUCAUACCUUUGCGAUCUCCAAAUGAUAAUCCAAACGUUUUAUUCUCCUCUUCAAUCUCGUCUUUCUUCAUCCGAGCUGACUACCCUUUUUGCAAACAUUGACGAUAUCUUACUUGUGAACACGGCCUUACUAAGCGAUCUUGAACAGAGACAAGAAGAAGGAAUCGUGGUGGAAUGUAUAGGGGACGUGUUUUUGAAACAUGCAGACAAUCUGACAUGUUAUAUUGAAUACUGUGGUAAUCAGAUGAAUGCGAGUAAAUUCUUGAUCAUGAGGAGAAGUGCAGAUCGCGAACUUGAUCAGUUCUUGAAGAAACAGCAACAAGAACCGCAAUGCAGAAACCUUGAUCUUUCAAGCUUUUUGUUACAACCAAUGCAAAGAAUAACUCGAUAUCCGUUACUCUUGCGCCAGAUUCUUCAUUAUACAGAGAAAGAUCACACAGAUCAUGAAAAUAUGAUGCAAGCUUUAAAAAAGGCCGAAAGUGUGCUCGAAGAGACGGAUGAAGCAAUUAGAGAUCAAGAGAAUAAGUUGAAAAUCGCAGAGAUAACCAAAAUUGUUGAUUUUGAGACACUUGGCGAGAAAUUGGAGUUGACGAGCAUGACAAAAUUUGUUGGGAAAAGGCAAUACAUUAUGGAAGGACCAUUACAGAAGGCAAAGAGCAGCAGAAAAUUAUAUGGAUAUUUGUUCAAUGAUAUGUUAAUACUAUGCGAACAACUCAGAAAUCCCAGUAGAGGGUACAAGUAUACCCUAUACCGACCGCCAAUUCCGCUGAAUGAAAUAGUAGUAAAAGAUGGUGGAUCAGACAAGAUAUCGUUCCAAUUAACCCACAAUACAUAUAAAAUUAAUCUGAGAACGAACAACGUAUCUGUGAAAAGACAAUGGGUAAACAAUCUUGAAACUGCGAGUGGAUAUUGUCAACGUAAGGCCGAGGGAAAUCCGAUAGUGUCCGAUUAUAUUGGAACAUUAAAGGUGCUAGUGUACGAGGCUUAUAUUCCUAAUAAUGGACUAUAUGCAAACAAGCCGUUAAAUCUUCAUUGUCGAGCCCAGUUAAGCAGACAAAUAUUCAAGACCAAAUCCGUAAAGGAUACUUUAUCGCCGAAAUGGAAUCAGGCAUUAAUAUUCUCAGUUGCAACACUUGAAGAUACGUUGAGACUGUCGGUGUACAAUAGUGAUGGCAAAAGUAACCAGGAUGAAUACAUGGGACAAGCAUCAAUAAGAUUAAACUACUUUCUUAAAGAAAACAGAGAAAAGCAAACGGACGCGAUUAAACUUUCUCUCAAAGAUGGAGCGACAGAUGCACAUAUUUCAGUAUCUCUAACAUAUAAACCCACUUAA